GAAGCGGCACGUGACGCCACGGUGACGUCGGGGUGAGCAGCCGAACCCGGAAGAGAGAGAGAAACGCUCGAGCGGAGACACAUAAACAAACGAACCGAGCUGAAAACAUCGAAUUAAACCACCAGACCUCAUAGAACCGCAGUGAACAUCAACAUGGACGACACACUCUUCCAGCUGAAGUUCACGUCGAAGCAGCUGGAGCGGCUGGCCAAAAAGGCAGAGAAAGACUCCAAAUCCGAGCAAGCCAAAGUGAAAAAGGCUCUCCAGCAGAAGAACGUGGAGUGUGCGCGUGUGUACGCAGAGAAUGCCAUUCGCAAGAAGAACGAGGGUCUGAACUGGCUGCGCAUGGCGUCUCGUGUGGACGCCGUGGCCUCGAAGGUCCAGACAGCCGUGACUAUGAAGGGGGUCACGAAAAGCAUGACGCAGGUGACCAAAGCUCUGGAUAAGGCUCUGAGCUCCAUGGACCUGCAGAAGGUGUCGGCUGUCAUGGACAAGUUCGAGAGCCAGGUUCAGAAUCUGGACGUUCACACCUCGGUGAUGGAGGACUCCAUGAGCUCUGCCACCACGCUGACCACGCCGCAGGAGCAGGUGGACGAUCUGAUCCUGCAGAUCGCGGAGGAGAGUGGCCUGGAGGUGGAGGACCAGCUCAGUCAGCUGCCGGCGGGAGCCACGUCACUGGGAGAGACGUCCGUGCGCUCGCAGGACAAAGAGGACCAGCUCUCCAGACGGUUGGCAGCUUUACGUAACUGAUGGCGUUCGGAGAUUCAGUCAAACUUUCCCUGCGUGGAGGACGCUGGUUUUUAUAAUCCAGUCCAUUUAAUACACAUUAUCUCCCAUACUUUAUGAUGAAAACAUGUACUGUCUCUCCUUCUUCUUUGUCAGCUCUUUAUUUCAUCAAACAUGACUGUGUCUGUCAAAAGAGCACAGGUCAUUCCCCUCUUUAUUUCUGGACGAGAAGCAUCAGGAAGCUCGUUUCUACUCUACGCAGGGCUUCUGAUGCAGAGGAGGGCUCUCUGCUCAUUGUCUUUUACUGGCACGGUG